GCUGCUUUAAACUCUUUGACUUGGUUUCUUCGCUACAACUAAACGCUGUCUCACCAUAAAAGGCUGAAAGAAAACGGUGGUGAAUGAAUGAAUGAACUGUGGGUUUGGUGAACAGGACUGACUGGACCAAAACAUUUCAGGAGCAACAAUCAGGGUUGCACCCAGGUUGCCAAAUAUGGGCACAGGAUGCAGACUGCAGUAUCACUCAUGACUUCAGUGGUCUAUCUGUGUCUUUAUCAGAUCAGCAGAGCAUCGACUACAUCUCCGCUGCUGUUUUCUACUGAAUCUGGAGCAGUUUGUGUUUCUGCAGCUGGUGAAAAGCUUCAAGCACAGCAGAGAAAUCUCACCAUGGAUUAUGAUCGUUUCUACUACAACACCAGACUGGCCAUCUUCUUUAUCUUUGCUGAGUGUUCUGGUUGGGCAGCUCUGGUUUGGGCUCUGGUUGUUUUACACCAUCAUCGUAAAAACAACGGCCGAAUUCCAGCUUUAGUCACCAUCGUUCUCCUCAACAACGUGCUGGAGCUUCUUCUAAACCCAUACAUCAUAACAAAACUCAUUCAAGAUAACGUCCCCUGUGACUACACCACCCCAUGCAGAAUACUGCUCUAUUUAUGGGGAACAUCAGUGAUCUGUGGUGUUCUCCUCCAGCAGAUGAUGGUGUUGGAGAGCGUUCUGACUCUGAGAUAUCCAUCAUGUUCUGAUCAUGUGUUCUUCACUUCCUGUUUCAUCAUCCUCUACAUCCUCGCCUUUAUUUGUAUUUUUUUGUGUGUAUUUUAUCUAUACCCGUUACUGCUUCUGACUGUGAUUCCGCUGGUAUCUAUUAACAUGAUCUCAUGGAUAGUGGUCUGUAGAAAACCACCCAAUGAACACAGCUCCAACAGAACCAAGAAACCAGACCUCACUCUGUUAGCUUUUACCACAAACACACUGAUCAUAUAUUUAAUUUCUCUCUUUCUGGGCAUUUUUACAGGUUUUUGGGGAUAUAUAUUCUUUGUCCUGCUGAAGAUGAGUCUCUGUGUGUUGAGUCUGAGACUGAUGGUUGAUCCUCUGCUGUGUGUUUUAGUCUGUAAACAGAAAAAAACUGUAGAAACUGAACAACCAGAGGAAACUGAAGAAUCCUGAAACUGUUCAUCAAAUCAGAUCAGCAGGAUCAGGGCAGAGAAAUAGAUAAAGAAAGAUGUUCUUUCACAACGUUCAGUGUGUUUUAAUUUCACAGUCCGUUUUAGCCUAAAAUCUAAAAAAAAGUUUCUGCAAUGUAAUUCUGAUUAAUAAAACGUAUAUCAUUUUAAAUAUA